AUGGCUCUUCCUCCCAAGUGGUACCAGUUCCUUGUGAGCGUCUUCGCUUCACUUGGUUCUCUCAACUACGGUUAUGAUUUGGGUGUCAUUGCCUCCGCCAUUGCUUCCCAGUCCUUCAAGACAAAGUUCGGCGAGGACCCCAAGGAGAUCGGUGCAGUUGUAUCAUGCUUCACCGGUGGCGCCUUCAUCGGUGCCGGUUGCGCCGGUCCCACUGGUGACAGACUUGGUCGUAAGAUGACCAUUCUCAUCGGUGGUGUCAUCUUCGUCCUCGGCGGUGCUUUCCAGGCCGCCGCUCAAAACCUUGGUUACCUCUAUGCUGGUCGUGCCCUCGCUGGUGUCGGUAUCGGUUUCUUAACUAUGAUCAUCCCUCUGUACCAGGCCGAGCUUUGCCACCCCAGUAUCCGUGGACGAGUCACUUCUCUGCAACAAUUCAUGCUGGGUGUUGGUGCUCUGGCUGCUGCAUGGAUCUCAUACGGUACUUACAUCGGCUUUGCUCCUACCGACAACAACCAAUGGCGUGUCAGUCUGGGUAUCCAGUGUAUCCCUGGCGGUAUUCUGGCUCUGCUCAUUCUGUUCUUCCCCGAGUCUCCCCGUUGGCUUAUUGACCACGGCCGUGUCGACGAGGGUCUCCAGACUCUGGCCAAGCUCCACGCUCACGGCGACGUCAACGACGCCUGGGUUCGCGCCGAGUUCGACCAGAUUCAGGACUCCAUUGCCACUGAGCACGAGGGAUCCGCCAAGUCCUACAAGGAGCUCUUCACCGACAAGUCGUGCUUCCGCCGUCUCUUCCUUGCUUGCGCUCUUCAGGCCUCUAUUCAGAUGACCGGUGUCAGCGCCAUCCAGUACUACUCCGUCGCGAUUUACGAGAAGAUCGGCAUUGCCGGCGACGAGACCCUGCGUUACCAGGCCAUCUCCUCCGUCAUCGCUCUCGUCGCCCAGUUCCUCUGCAUGAUGUUCAUCGACAAGACCGGUCGCCGCUGGCCCCUCAUCUUCGGAAACCUUGGCAACUGCAUCACCUUCAUCAUCGCGACCAUCCUUCUUGCCAAGUUCCCUCCUGGUUCCGAGAACGCCAGCGGAAGCGCCGCUUGGGGAUUCAUCGCCAUGACCUGGCUGUACAACUUCAGCUUCAGCGCUACCUGCGGUCCCCUCUCGUGGAUUAUUCCCGCCGAGAUCUUUGACAUGAAGACUCGCUCCAAGGGUGUUUCCAUUGCCACCAUGACCUCUUUUGCCUUCAACACUCUUAUCGGCCAGACGACCUCUGUUGCCCUGGACGACAAGAGCGGUAUCGGCUGGCGCUGGUACAUCCUCUUCAUCGUGUGCAACUUCACCAACGCUCUCUUCUUCUGGUGCUUCCUCCCCGAGACCGCCAAGCGUCCCCUGGAAGAGAUGAAGUACCUCUUCACCGAGGCCCCUCUCUUCGUUCCUACCAUGGACCGCAGCGCCGUCGAUAUCCACGAUCUCGAGCGCAGAGUCGAGGCCGUCGAGCAGAAGCAGGCCCACGAGACGGAGCACAUUUAA